CGCACGCAGGUCCAUGUCCCUUCAUUCAGCUCAUUUCGACUUCGCCCUCCACCGUAUUUCACUCCGUCUUCUCAACCACCCCUCUUCUUUUCCUUUUCACCCACCAUGUACUUUGCCAAACUUGUUCUUUUCGCGCUUUCGAGCAUCUCCGCCGCCCAGGCCGCACCGAAUAUCGCCUCGAUUUUCGACUCGCUGACGUCUGAUGUUGCGUCUCUUGCGACAGUCGUGGCCACCGAUGUCGUCUCAGUCGCCACCGCGGUCGCCACUGAUGCUGCCUCGAUCGCUACUGUCGUGGCCACCGGAGCCCGUUCAAUCGUGACCGUCCUUGCAUCCGAUGCUACGGGGAUCUCUGAAGUCGUCGUCUCGGAAGCCGGCAAGGAGUUCACCGUUCUCACCUCUGCUGGUGGCCAAGCGAUAACAUUCGCUCAAACGGGUCUCCUGGGAUCGGUCACGACGACAUUCGCUGGGUCCACGUACACCGUCGCGACGGCGCUGCCGAGUGCAAGUGCGCCAAGCGCGUCUCCGAGCAGUUCAGCUCGUUCCCGUUCUGCAUCACCCGCUACAACAAUGGGGCUCAUUAUAGUACUUAUCAGCAUCUGUGUCGGCGCUUUCGUCGUCGUUUGAUCGACACAAUGGACUACCUAAAUGUAUCUUUUUAUUCACGAAACUUAAUCUUUAAUGUCAUUAUGUGCGACUCUGAUUACAUGUACGUUUCAUGGUGUCCUUCGCGCUCCUUUGUGUCUC